CGGAGACGAGCAGACAUCAUUUCUCUCUCAGCGUCUUUGGGUAGUCCGCACGAAGGCAAAGAGCCAAGAAAUUAAAAAAAAAUCUUUAUUUCUGAACAGGAAUACAAUUAUCUGAAGUAAAUUAGCCAUGGCCGAUACAGCUGUUGACACGACCGCAACUGCAGAGGUUACAGCCAAGGAGCUGAAGGAGAAGAAAGAAGUGAAGGAGAAGAAAGAAGAAGUGGUGGUGGAGGAGGAGAAGAAGAAGGAGGUGAAGACCGACAGCGGAGACGCACCUGCCAAUGGCACAAACGGAGCUGAUCACAGUGAUAAAGUGGAAGAAAAGACAGAGAAGGAACACAAGAAUGGCGACGGGAAAGCAGAGGAGGCGCCCCCUGCUGAGGAGACUGAUGCACAGCCUGUGAAGCGUGCAGCUGAGGAGGAGGAGGAAAAAGUGGAGACAAAAAAGCAGAAGACAGAGGAAAAUGGAGACUCAAAAGAGGCAGAAGUGGAGGCUUAGAUCUCUGCCCUGCUACUUGUUUGCAGCACUGUCUUACCAGCCUGGUCAACAUCGUUUUGUAGAGCUUGUGCUUUCUGUAUCUUUUGAAAGAUAUUUCUUUUUGUUUGCUCCCAUGUUAUCCAUUGUUAUACAUUGCACUGGAGUCCUGAAACAUAGUGGCCCUGCCUCCUUUUUUUACGAAAUGUUAUUUAUUGGUCUUUAAAAUGAGCUUUUUUUCUACUUGUACAAAUUGGGCCACACUAUGAGAUCAGUUUUUUCAUUUCUUGAGGUUUUAUAUCAGUAUGUUAGAAGCACAAUCUCUAUUAUGUCAGUGCUGACCAGAAGAUUCAUACAUACAGGCAGCUGCUCACCUCCAAGGCUCAUGUUGACCUCUCAGAUUCACUUAAAGGACCAAAGAUAAGUUUUAAGCAGGGGAUAAUGGACAGUUGUUAGCAUUAUUAGUUGAGGCAUAAUCUUUUGUGUUGAGCUGCUAGUUAAUCCUUGGCUUGGCUGCCCUGUUAACAUAACAGAUGGUGCAAAUGAAUAAAGGGGCUCUCUCUUGUGCCUCCAUAAAGGUUGCUUGAUGCUGUUUGAUGGAGGCAGGAUUUUGCAAUGUUAAUUAACCCCUCUUAAAUCUUAAAGCUUUGGUCAUUUGUUCUGUAUGCAUUCCACGCAAGUUUGUACCAUUUAUACUUUUGUUUUUCUUACGUUUUCAAUGAGUUUAUGUUAUGGCUGGGUAGCCCAGUUUUGUGUCCAAGACUGCCUUUUUCAGAACCAGAAUGACAUUUGGUUACUUCAGCCACUGCUUUGUAUAUUCUGAUUAACAAAUAAAUUGUCUUUUUACUUAA